AUGUGCACGCGCUUGGUGAAAGAGAUUCUGAUUGAGGAAUCAAAUGUACAACCUGUCAACAGUCCUUUCACCACUGGUGGCCACGUCCCCGACAUUAAUUACAUUUUUAUGGGAGAUUUCGUUGAUAGAGGUUAUACCAGUCUUGAAGUUUUCACUAUUCUUUUGCUUCUUAAAGCUAGAUAUCCGGCCCAUAUCACACUUUUGCGUGGUAAUCAUGGAAGUAGACAACUAACUCAGGUGUAUGGUUUUUAUGACGAAUGCCAAAGGAAGUAUGGUAAUGCUAAUGCUUGGAGAUAUUGCACGGAUGUUUUUGACUAUCUUACAAUUUCAGCUAUUAUAGAUGGCACUGUUUUAUGUGUUCAUGGUGGCCUUUCACCUGAUGUACGGACAAUUAACCAGAUAAGAUUGAUUGAUCGAAACUGCGAAAUCCCGCAUCAAGGACCAUUCUGUGAUCUAAUGUGGAGCGAUCCUGAAGAUAUUGAAACAUGGGCUGUCAGUCCACGUGGAGCAGGUUGGCUUUUCGGAUCAAGGGUCACCACUGAGUUUAACCAUAUAAAUAACCUUGGUCUAGUAUGUCGCGCACAUCAGCUUGUACAAGAAGGUCUCAAGUACAUGUUUCAAGAUAAAGGCCUUGUAACUGUGUGGUCUGCACCUAAUUACUGCUACCGGUGCGGGAAUGUAGCUUCUAUAUUGAGUUUCGAUGACAACAUAGUGAGUCCUCAUCUGUUUCCUCUUUUUUCUUACUUAAACGCACGUGUAUUCUUAACGAACGAGAAUCUGUCUGGAUUGUGCUAUGUGUUCUUCUAUAGACUUGUUUCUGGAAAAUGUUUAGGAUCUGAUCACGUCCUCACUGAUGAUUAUCAAUUGGUUACCAAUAAAGGGAAGUGA